UUUAUGAAUUUAUACAUUUAGCGGAUUAAUAUGUUAAAUUCCCAUCAAGAGCAAAAGCGGAAGUUGCUUGAAUUACUUGCCCUUUACUACCCAGAAUCCCGUAGUCUUUCUUUUUCCGCUGAUAUCCACCAUGGGUAUCGAUAUUUGCCAUCGAUUUGAGAGGAAAGUGAAGAGAAAAGCCCCCAAAAGCAAUGAUAUCUAUCUCAGGUUACUCGUCAAGCUUUACCGCUUUUUGGCCCGAAGGACCAGCUCCAAGUUCAACAAGAUUAUCCUGAAGCGUCUCUGCAUGAGCAGAAGCAACAGACCACCGGUUCCCCUAUCGCGUAUUGUACGACACAUGAAGGGACAAGACGAGGAUAAGAUAGCUGUGGUUGUUUCUACAGUCACUGAUGACAUUCGUCUGCACUCAGUGCCCAAGUUGAAGAUCUGUGCUCUGAGGAUGACAGACCAAGCUCGCGCUAGAGUUCUUAAGAGUGAAGGUGAGAUUUUGACCUUUGACCAGUUGGCAAUGAUAGCACCCAAGGGCAGACAUACCUCCCUGCUACAGGGAUGUCGUAAAGGCCGCAAGGUUUAUCGCCAUUUCGGUCCGGCACCUGGUGUUCCCCACAGUCACACUAAGCCAUAUGUACGUUCUAAAGGCCGAAAAUUUGAACGGGCUCGGGGUCGCAGGAAGAGCACAGGUUUCAAGAACUAAUUCUGUAUUGGUUUGUUUCCAAAGUAAAAUAACUCUAAAGUAUUCGGUUGCUUUUGUUUUUUAUUCCCUUUUGAGGAGGGUCCACCAAAGGACAACAAUAAAUGCCUUGAGGGAACUUGCA